AUGACGUACUUCCCUUGCGGGCUACCUUCAAAAUGGAAGGUAGCCCGCAAGGGAAUGCUUCACGUCCCGAAAACGCUCCAAGAGACCGUUUACGAAACCGUCAACUCUUCGUGGAGGCCUUCCUGUGCCUCGAUUUCCCUCAACGUAGACUCGUUUGGAUACUACUUCAUGGCCCGAAAACGUUCCGACAAACCGUUUACGAAACCGUCAACUCCUCGUGGAGACUCGUUUGGAUACUACUUCAUUUCCCGAAAACACUCCGACAAACCGUUUACGAAACCGUCAACUCUUCGUGGAGACGCUCCAACAAACCAUUUACGAAUCCGUCAUCCCUUCGUGGAGACACUACUACACAUCGUGAAAACGAUCCAACAAACCGUUUACGAAUCCAUCAACUCUUCGUGGAGGCCUUCCUGUGCCUCGAUUUCCCUCAACGUAGACUCGUUUGGAUACUACUUCAUGUCCCGAAAACGCUCCGACAAACCGUUUACGAAACCGUCAACUCUUCGUGGAGCCGUUUACGAAACCGUCAACUCUUCGUGGAGACCUUCCUGUGUCUCAAUUUCCUUCAACGUAGACUCGUUUGGAUACUACCUUACGUCCCGAAAACGCUCUGACAAACCGUUUAUGAAUCCGUCAACUCUUCGUGGAGACCUUCCUGUUCUCGAUUUCCCUCAAUGUAGACUCGUUUGGAUACUACUACACGUCCCGAAGACGCUCCAACAAACCAUUUACGAAUCCAUCAUCCCUUCGUGGAGGUACACACUACUACACAUCGUGAAAACGAUCCAACAAACCGUUUACGAAUCCAUCACCCUUCGUGGAGAACCCAGUGAAUUACUCCACAAGACGAACAUGGUUGAAGUGUUUGGACUGGCCAAGACAACAGGGGAACAGGGAGAAAUUGACCAAAACUCCAUGCAAACCGACAGCUUCAGCAUCCUUGCGGACCGCCUCGAAGACGGCGACAAAAGGUUCAAAAACCUAUACAGCUCCCUCGUAGAAGCCGGCAGCCUUGUGCAAUCCCUGGAAAGCGAUGGAAUGCUGGGCAUUGUAAAGGCCGACCCAAAAAUCACAGGAUGCCUGACAGGCUUGUCUAAUGCCGUCUUAGAACAGCCCUACAAAAUCAUCAUGGAACAACAGGCGACACUCACACAGGCAAUGCACGAGGUCAUCAGGACCAUGGCCUCACACAUGGAGAAAACCGAAGCCAUCGGAGACAAAGUCGAGCGUAUGAGGGAAGAGGCAACAUUCAACUUCUCGGCAAUGGCUGAGCAGCUCAAGGUGCUCGAAACAGCAAAUAACGCCACCCAAACCCAAUUCAAAACCCUCGAUGAGAUAGUAGGAAACACAAGCCCACAGAACACGGGAACGGCAUGGUGA